ACCAAUGACCUAGGAAGGCUGUGGGCUCUCCCACACUAGAGGCAUUCAGAAAGCUACUGCACAACCAUAUGAGAGGGAUGGUUAGGGUUCCGCACUAAGUUAGAGUCCUGUACUGAGCAGGGGGUUGGAUCUAAUGGCCCUCUGGCCCCUUCCAGCGCUACUAUCCUAUGAUUCUAUGAAGUUCUACCUGUUUUUGUUUAUGUGUGGGUUUUGUUUUUGUUUUUUUAGUAUUGAUCUUGUAGGAUUUUGGCAAGUGUGUCCACUCUAAGUUCCAAUAAUUUGGCUGCUUCCUUAAGUUGUAGCUGAGCCAUUGUACUACUUACAGAGCUGCUUCAGUCGCCUUCUGAACUCUGAAAAGCCCCAUUCAUAUUAAGUACCAUUUUUCAGCAUUCAUUCAUUCACUAACUAAAUUUGACUUAAGAUAAAGUCACCAGUACAGUAUUUUAACCAAUCAAAAUACAAAUAUAAAAAUGUGUGGGUUUGAACAUCAAAGCCUACUUUGAUGAGGAGGUAGCAUAUUUAGGUGUGACUUCAUUCUGUCUUUUCAGAUUCAGUGUCAAACCCCACCCCCCACCCUGAAAAAACAUAAGGGUUUAAAUGCAUGGAAACUUUUGUUGGUGCAGUUUCUCUCAUCUCACCCUGCCAAGGUGCUCCUUUCAAAAUUCUCUCUUGCACACAACAAUUAAAAGGAUUAGGAACCUGUUUUCAUCUGAGUGCCUUGGAUACAGAGUGUCUGAGUAUUAUCAACAAAGUCAGAAAAUGAGUUAUCAAAGGGAAUGUACCAACAGUUGCAUUGAGUAGACCUUCUUAUUAUUGGUUUUUCUUUUCUUAGGUUUAUGCUGAGGAUCAAGUGAACUAUUCCUGCUUCCUCAGAGGUGAAGGCUAAAAUUGUCGUGCUCUUGAAUGUUUGGACUUGUGGAUUAACAAGAAUACCCCAACUUUUCCUCUGGACGUAGUGACUCGCGAAGCACAAAGCGUGUGCCACUCCCUGCUGUUACCUGCCUUUUCUUCUGCCAUGGAUACAGAGUCAACCUAUUCUGGAUAUUCCCACUAUUCAGGUCACUCCAGAAAAACUCAGAGACAAGGGAGCCGGGAUAGGCACAAAUCAUCUCGGAGUAAAGAUGGCGGUCACUCAGAGAAGUCGGUUAGCAUUCAAGCACCACCAGCAGAGCUACUGUUGGGAAAUGAUACUUCUCAGGCAGAGGAUGCUCAGGAUGACAACUGGGGCGAGACCACAACUGCCAUAACAGGUACUUCAGAACAUAGUGUGUCCCUGGAGGACAUUUCCAGGAUCAGCAAGGACUUGGAAGACAGUGUUGGCAUAGACUGCAAGCGUUACCUUGCCCUUACAGUGGCUGCCAUUUUGGGACUUCUUGUUUUCCUUACUCCUAUCACCUUUAUUCUGCUCCCACAGAUCCUAUGGAGAAAUGAAUUGGAGCCAUGUGGCACAGCUUGUGAAGGACUCUUUAUCUCUGUGGCUUUCAAACUCCUGAUACUCUUGAUUGGUACCUGGGCUCUUUUUUUUCGCCAGCCCAAGGCUGAUCUCCCAAGAAUGUUUGUCCUCCGCACCCUCAUUCUGGUCCUUGUAUUUCUGCUCGUGUUUUCCUACUGGCUUUUUUAUGGUGUUCGUAUUUUGGAGUCUAAGGACCUUAGUUACCAGGAGAUUGUACAGUUUGCUGUGUCACUCGUGGAUGUGCUGCUUUUUGUUCAUUAUCUUGCUAUUGUGGUGCUGGAACUGAGACAGCUACAGCCUAUGUUCACGGUCAAAGUGGUUCGAUCGACAGAUGGAGAAUCACGCUAUUACAGCUUGGGACACUUGAGUAUCCAGCGUGCUGCUUUAAUCAUUUUGGAAAAUUACUACAGGGACUUUGCUGUCUAUAAUCCAGUGUUGUUAAUGACUUCCAAAACACGCUCAACGAAGCACAUGGCAGGACUGAAGGUCUACAGUGUUGAUGGGCCAGACACUAAUGCUACUGGGCAGUCCAGGGCCAUGAUUGCUGCUGCAGCUCACCACAGAGACUCGAGUCACAAUGAACUGUAUUAUGAAGAAGCAGACCAUGAGCGAAGGGUCAGGAAACGUCGUGCAAGGCUCGUGGUAGCAGUUGAAGAAGCUUUCACCCAUGUUAAGUGUCUACAAGCCGAAGAGCAGCAGAAAGCCCCAGGGGAAGUCAUGGAUCCUCGAGAGGCAGCUCAGGCCAUCUUCCCCUCCAUGGCAAGAGUACUGCAGAAAUACUUAAGGACUACAAGACAACAGCACUAUCAUACCAUGGAGAGCAUCUUGCAGCACCUGGCCUUCUGUAUUGCCAACAACAUGACACCAAAGGCUUUCCUGGAACGCUAUCUCAAUCCAGGUCCAACCCUGCAGUACAACAAGGAUCGUUGGUUCUCCAAACACUGGACACUCGUUAGUGAAGAAGCUGUAACAAAAGAAUUAAGGGAUGGUGCUACGUUUGUCCUCAAGUGCUUGGAUUUCAGCCUCGUCAUUAAUGUGAAGAAAAUUCCUUUCAUCAAACUCUCAGAGGAGUUCAUUGACCCCAAAUUUCAUAAGUUUGCCCUUCGCUUACAGUCUGAAACAUCAGUCUAGGUGUGGGUGUGGGGUGGUGUGAGAAGGGCAUAAUUUCUGAUUUCACGUGAUCAGGUAUUUGGAUUUGGUUUUUUCCCCCUUUUAUUCAGAUCAUUAAGCACAGGUGAUGGACCACAAAUAUAUUCGCCAUCUGCACUUUAUCAGUCAGGAGAAAGAGGUUGGAGAUUUCUAGAGUCUAGAAAGAUGGACUGGAUUAGCAUGUUCAUCAGGACUGAAUAGAAGCCCUAAGCUCAUGCGCGCUGCAGAGGCCUGGGAGCUCUGGUGGUGGUAUGCUUUUAGAUCAGCUGCUGCUCCAUCUUACACACAUACAUACAGAGACCUGUAUUUCCUGACACAAUGUAUUUCAUGCAUGCAUUUUGCUUAGCUUUGCUUAGCUUUUGGCAGUCACCUGUGUAGCUCGUUCAGGCUUUGCGCAAAAUCAGGGUCUGCACUAUCCGGACUUUUUUGAACUCAUUCCACAGCUUGAGAUUCCAAACCUACAGCAGACAGUGCAUGUGUGAGAGCUGUUUGUCUGCUGUCCUUUCUCUCCUCCCAGCAUUCAGUGCCAUAAAUUCAUUCCUAACUCCAUGGGGCAGCAGCUGCUGGAGGUGGAAUAGUGCUCUUAAUUGUGGUUUCUCAAUUCAGACACUGUACCACUGCAAAUGUUUUAAUGCUUUUUAACAUGUUUAAGAUAACUCAGUGAAGCCAAAAUAAAGUGGGUUUGCAGGUAACCUAUUGGGCAGUACCUGUCAGGGGAUUUGGAAGGCCAUUUUGAUUCUUAAAGGUAAUAUAAGUAUCUUAUACUGGGGUUCUGCAUAAUUCCAUCUUUCCAUAGGCUAGUAAGUUACUUCUUUCAGCACUCUCUAUAAUUUAGCAGUUUUGAAUAAUAACCAAUUUUCUGUAUAAGGGCUUUCUUCCUGUCAGAAUCUUAUAACCCAUGUAUGUGUCCUCCUAGUUUAAGCUCCCCUUUCUUUCCUUGUGUGUGCGUAAAACUUAUUUUUCUAACCCUUCUAGGGUUUGUCUUUUACUUUUUGCCUCUUUAUCUCUCAAAUAUAGAAUGGUUGAGCAGAAUGUGGUGGUUAGCAGAGUCUGACAAAUAUAAUUGUGGAGUGGUUGGACAUUUCUAGAUUUAGUUGUAUUUUGAGAGCAAACUUACUGAGUGUUGUUGGGUCCACGAUUCCACAAGUUUUAGCUGGUUCUGGUGGUUAUUAUUUGUGUUUGCAGCUGAUAUCUUUGCUUGUCCUCCGUCAUACACAGAAAGGAGCCCGUUGUUUUUGAGGGUCUCCACAGCCUGGAGAAACUACCAUGCUUUCCCUUCAGCAAGUUUUCUACAUAUGGAAGAUGACAUAUCCAGUCUCCCCAAGAAAAGUGGGGAAGGGCAAUCUCACUUUUUCUGAGGAACUGGGGGAAAAUGUUCACCUCAGAAAUAAUGUGAUCCAUGUUAGUCCCUUAACAAAUACUUCGGUGGACCUCUGCUUGUUUCCUGCAUUCACCUAUUCACAGAUUCUGCUUGCAGUGGCUCUUGGUGGUAGGAACGUUUUGAUUACUUUGAAAGCUAGACAUGAAAACGAAAUAUAAAAUCAAAUAAAACUUUACAGAGAUGUUACAGUAAGAAUAGUCCAUUGAACAAACAUUGCCAGCAUUUUUGUCAAACCAGGCAUAUGUGUCGACAUGCUAAAUCAUAGCUGAUACAGCCCUGCCAUACAACUUGAGUUUUUACCCUGUUUCAAUAGUUAACAAAGGUAGGCCAGGUUUAACCCAUUCAUGCACACACUGCAUAUAUUUUCCUAUCCCACAGACUCCUCAAACAUAAUACAUUAUUAAUUAAAGGACAUCUGCCAUAUUUAGCUCAGUUUUUCUUUCAAACUUGAAAGCAAAUUAUUUUUCCAGUAAUUUGUCAAUAAUACCAUAGUCAAGCAUUAACAAAUUGCCAAUUCAUUCUUAAAACAAGCAUCCAAUAUCUUUCUGUUUACCUGUACAACUCUACUGUAGAUUAAAAGUGUAGGUAUACAUAGGUUUUUGCACAAGUAAUACUCUGUACAGGUGGCUUUUUUUUUUAAUCUGGAAGAUUUGUAUUUCCAGCAUAUAUAAUUUUGUGGAAUUGGAGGGUUUCUCGGGACAUGUCUAAAUUUAAAGGGGCUUUCUCUAUCACAACAAGGGGAUUUCUCUACUGCGUAGUCCUAGUAAGGAAUAUGGAUUAAAGUAAAACUCCAAAAAACAAUAACGGCAAGCUUUAGGCAGAACAAGAGCCUACAGGUUCUACAUGUUGGGUGCUGAAGGAAUUUUCAGUCUAAACUUGCAUAGGAUUGUGCCUUAUGAUGUUUAAACAUGGACUCACACUCAGUAAAAGCUUUACUCAAACAUUGAUGCAAGUGACUUGUCCUUGCUUAAAUUUGAAGCACAUGUUCAUAAAGAAUGUGGUUUGGGAUUCAAAUUUUGAAUUUCAAGUGUUACACAAUCCUUCAUUUUCAAGAUUAAUCAGCUUUUGGCUGCAGUUGUACUUUCCAUUCCAUGUUUCUGCAUUAUAUGAAGGAGCCCAGCUGCUCAAAGAGCAACGCAACAUUGGGAUGGGGUGCAAAAAAAAAAAAAAAGAAAGAAAAAAAAAGCUCCUUAAAACAAUUAACUUAUUUUUAUUCCCCACCAUGUUCUUCUGCCAAAUAUUCUGCUACUCAAUUUCGCUUGGUUUUUGUUUGAAAGCAAUAAUCUCUCUCUCUCUCUCCCUCUCUCUCUCUCUCUCUCUCUCUCUCUCUCUCUCUCUCUCUUUCUCUCUCUCUCUUAAUUUAACUGAAUUAUACCUGGUGGCUUAAUGUAGGAUGGAAUAACCCUUUCUUGGCACAAACUUACUUUGGGAAUCCUAUUUCAGUUGCAUCACUUCCUAAAAAAUAAAUAUUUUAAACAAUGUUUGACUGUAACCAUCCAGUUAGAUGUGGAUGCUCGGUAAGCCUGCCAUCUCUUGUGAUGUGUAAAUUCAGAGCAAAGGACAUGGAAAAAUAGAAGCAGAGCAAGUCAGAAGGGGCCUCCAGGGCCAUCUAGUCUGGCCCCCAGCUCCAGCCAGCUCCGCUCAUGACAUGCCUACCAUAUGCAUGUCCAGCUUAUCUUUCAACAACCUCUCCGAUGGGGCUUCAGUCACUUCCCAUGGAAGCCCAUUCCAUAUCCUCAGUGUCCUAACUGUCAGGAAGGACUUCCUGGCAUUCAAAUUGAAUCUUGGUUUCCUGACCUUUGCUCCAUUGGAACGCAUCCUGCCCUUCUCCAUAGGGGAAAUCAGGUCUUGACUCACCUCUGCAUGACACCCCCUCAUGUACCUAUAGGUCACCAACAGAUUCCCCUCAGAGUCUCCUUCAGGCUGAAAAGACCCAGUUCCCUCCGUCUUGCUUCAUACGGCUUCCCUCACAAUUUGGCCUC